CUUCAAUUCCGCAGCAAGUCUCACACUAUCUUUUCUACCUUUCGACAUAGUCUUCGCGUCGUUGCGUCACAGAUCACUAUCAAAGAGAUGUCGACACACACCGAGAGCACAGAGCUCAUCGCUCUUCCCAAGCUCCAAAUCGAGCAUGCAGACUGGCUAUCGCAUGUCUCAAAACACCCAAGCACGUCGAUGCAUGAAUUGCUCGCUCCUUACAAAGAGUACGACGCGAAGCUUCGAGAGGUCUUCGCUCAACAGCCAUCUCAUCCUGCAACCAAAAAGUCCAACAUCAUUCCGCUCUUCACGGGGCUAGAGCAAGAUGUCAAGAUUCGCGCCCGUAAUCCAGCCACAGAACCAGAAGAGGAACGAGAGCGCUACCUCAUGCCCUUGGACAAGGCCAGUCGUAAACCCGAUGGCGCGCCAGCGAUCGUCCAAUCACUCAAGGAGUUCGAGACUAACUUCCAGUUGUUCUCCGAGUCUGCAUUGGUGGAUAUGGACUGGUCCAACGUCGUUGUUGCGGGUAGUGCUGUUGUAACGUCGCUCCUCCCCGUUCCUGCUGAACACAACACCUCGAAACGUGCUCUUCGAGAGUACUACCAUCAGAAGCUCGCACCUGCCUCUGAUGUUGAUCUCUUCCUCUACGGCUUGACCGAAGAGCAGGCAAUUGAGAAGAUCAAGCAGAUCGAGCAGCGUAUCCGAGAUUCGAUCUUGACCGAGACAACUACAAUCCGCACGAAGAACGCGAUCACAAUUGCCUCACAGUACCCAACACGACACGUUCAGAUUGUGCUUCGCAUCUACAGGUCGAUUUCCGAAAUCCUCACUGGCUUUGAUGUCGACUGCUCCUGCGCUGCUUACGACGGCAAGCAGGUCUACGCUAGUCCACGUGCAGUCGCUGCGUACAUGACCCAGGUUAACACCAUUGACCUCACACGACGCUCGCCUUCUUAUGAGAACCGCUUGUCCAAGUAUUCUCACCGUGGAUUUGAGGUGUACUGGCCCCUCUUGGAUCGCUCACGCAUCGAUCCAACAAUUUUUGAGCGUUCUUUCGGUCGUACACUUGGCCUGGCUCGACUGCUAGUGCUUGAGAAGCUACCCAGCACUACGGACCGAGAUGCUUAUGUAGACCAACGACGGGCGGAGCGCAGCAGACCAGCCAUCAACCGUUGGAACACGCGAAGGCACAAGUUGAAUGGAAACGUCAAAGACGAUCACGAUGAUGAGGUUCCCGACUGGGUUGAGGCAGACGAGGUCAGCGACUACCACACUUUCACUGUACCCUACGGGCCAAAGUUUCAUGCUCGAAAGAUUGAACGACUGCUGUACGCCAAAGACCUGCUGCUCAACGCAGAGUGGAACCGACCCAAGGAGCGCGAGACGACACUGCAUCGCCACCCAGCCUUCUUUGGUAAUGCAACUGAUGUGAUCGGCGACUGCUGUGGUUACUGUCCAAAGCCUGCAACGCCUGAAGACGAAGAGAUUGCAGAAGUCGAGAGCAAGGUCUACGUAUCCGGCGACCUCACUUUCAUCAAGGACAAUCCGGGUCGACAGGCCAUCGGCUCCUUCCAUCCUCUCACUGACGACGAUUGGACGGAAAUGGCGUAUGUUGGCAACACCGCUAGACUAUGCCAGGCCAUUGUUGACGGCGAUGUCGAGCACGUGCAAGAUUGGCUGAACCAGGAAGGCGCAGACCCCAACGAACGCGACUACACUGGUCGCACGCCGCUCCAGCUCGCUGUAAUGAGCUCAACACCCGAAGUCGUUCAAGCCCUCAUCGAUGCUGGUGCUCGUAUCGUCGCUCGCAUGGUUGAUGGCAGAACCGCUUUGCACCUUGCCGCCAUGCGAGGUGAAGCCGUGAUGGUCAAGGCACUACUUGUCAAGAGUGAAGCGAAUGAGGAGAAAGAAGCUAAGAAAGAGGAGGCCAAAAUCAAGCAACGCAAGGCUGAAAAGGAGGCCACUCAAGCUGCUGGCAUUGCCGACUCUCAGAUGGCAGAUGCUGAUGCUGAACCAGACACAGCUGGAAGUGACGAAGACAUCGACAUGCUUGACAAUGACGGCGAAGACGAACCUGUCGAUGCCACCACUGAAGGCUCCAUCAUCCACAUUAGAGGCGAAAAACCGCAUGAAGAGAACAACAUGCCCAUCGACGAGGAUGAGGACGAGCCAGACGUAUACGACGUCAAUGUUCUGGCAUGGGAUACUCCUGUCUCUCCAUUGCAUCUGGCCAUCACCAAUGGGCAUGUGGAAGUUGUCACACUGCUGGUCCAGGACUUUGGUGCAGACGUCCUACUACCGGUCAAGCUGUUACACGAAUACAACAAGUCACCUCGAGCAGCGAUUUUGCCUCUUGUCCUGGCUCUGAAGCUGCCACCACAGAAGGCCGACGAGAUGACCAAGGCCUUGAUCGCCCUUGGAGCAUCGCCAGCGCAAGCUGAUGUAGACAACAUCACUGCCUUGCAUUACUUCGCAGCCAAGGAUGCCGCCUUACUUACGACUAUGGUCUCGGCGAACCAGCCCGGUGCGAAGCGAGCAGUGAACCACUUACACAUGUCCGGCAACGAUUACCUCCCCAGUGCCAAGUCCGCCUUACAAACCGCGAUCGAGCACGGAGAUGUCGAAAGCAUCGACGUCCUUCUCGAACUUGGUGCCCAGCCACAGAUCGACUUUGCCACAUACAUAACCUCGUACAAAACCAAGUGGGAAGCUCGUGGAAACUCUGAAAACAACCAGAAGAUGUUCCAAACAAGCUUCUGGCAACCCGUACUUACAGCUGUCGAGCAUGAACUUCCGUCCAUCGUUACCAAGCUUCUUGAUGCAGGCGCUGAUGUCAACUGCCUCAGUGGUGGAGCCUGGCGCGCUGUUCACGAUGGCAGAACCGGUGCACAUAAUAGUUCUCACAGUCUUUUGGACGCAACCCGCAAGAAGAUCGAGACUUUGAGGGAGUGGGUCGAGAAAGAGGAGCAGAGCAAGGCUGUCACCACGACUGACGUGGUCGGUCGACGAUCUCACACGUCUCCGCCCGUCCCUUUGAAAGAAGAUUCGCAUUACCUUGGAAAGCUCACGCCAGGAACCUACGCGCAUUGGUCAACUUUAAAGCAGUUACAGGGAGCGAAGCGCAAGUACAAGGAGGACCUCAGAAAGUACGAAGAGAGUACGAAAUCGAUGCCCAAAGCAGCCGAUGGGUGGAAAGAGAAGCUGUCUGAAGUCAAGAAACUGCUCACAGACUACGAAGCUUUAGAGUCUGCAUUGCUUGAGCGAGGAGCCAAGCCAUUCGCAGAUCUUUACCCCGACAUUACACUUGUAAAAAACCCGUACUACAACUCGCAUAAAUACAAGCCGGAUCUCCCCAAGCCCUGGGAGCCCCUGCUCGGUUUCGAUCUUCCUGAUUUGACGGACGAGCAACGCGAAGCGUACGUGAAGCUCUUCCAGGCUUGCUGGGAGGCGGAUCUUGCCACAGUCAAGGAGCUCACACUCGCGGUCUGGGGCGAGAAUCAGACUCCGCUGAAGAUUGCCGUGCAGGACACCGCCGGCUUCUCACCUUUCUCGCUUGCAGUUCUCCAAGAGCACUUCGAAUUUGCCAAGGCGUUGCUUGAGAUCGCAGAAGUCCAAUACGCCCCUGUGGAGAAGUCAGGCCAAUCGAAAUAUUACCUUCACGCCGGAGACUCGCAUGACGAAGACGACACAUCUGAAGCUGACAACGAAGAUGAGAUUCGACUGUUUCACGAGGUCAUCGACGACAAGUUCACCGUCGAGAACAUCGGAGAGGUACAGAGUCAGGUCAAGAGCAAGUACACUGCGCUAGAUGUUCUUGCCUGGGAUUGUCCAGUGCCUCGCUUUUUGGAGGAAGAUGAUACAUCUACCGGCAUUCUCGACUACUCUACUCACCACAGCCGCCUCCAGUAUCUUGGCAGGAAGUCAUAUGGCGGCAGAGCACCGCGCAAGAUACUCAAGGACGCUGCAAAUGGGCAGACGUACAGAGUGGCCCAGCGGUCUUCCCAAGAGAGCUACAGUGAGGUGUCUAAGCCGGGCAAUCUGUUCCAGCUUGCGAUUUUUCUUGAUGAUGCAAGUCUGCUUCAAUUCUUGAUCAACGCUGGCGAAGAGUACACCGUUCGCCGUGGAGGCACUGAUGACAAGCCUGCGUCCAAAUUCUACAGCUUCGACGAGCAUGACUUCCACUACGCCAUCCAGCUGGGCAGGGUGCAGCUGUUGAAGGAUAUCGUGAAGCGCACCGGUGCUGGCAUUCCUUUAGACGAUCUUAUCAAGAAGAGUGGCGUAGAGAUCACAAAGAAGCCCAAGUACUACCAAGGUCUCUCAGUCCAUGGCAAGAAGCGAGCGGACUGGGCUGCAUGUGGACGAGACACACAUUACGCAGCGCCGCAUGAAGAGCACCCGCCAUUGCUACAUGCGGCGCGCCUCACGAACCUCGACAGUAUUGAGUGGUUCCUCAGCGACGCGGCCACUCACGCUUACUUUGAGUUCGCGGAGAACAACAAGAAGGAUGUCCGAAUCCAGGUUCUCGCAAAAGCGAAGGGUGGCCUGCAAGCUUCCAUCAGCAAGUGGCUCAACCUACGCUCGAAACUUCUGAUCCACGUAGUGGUACUCAGCAAGACUGACGAUGACUCUAUGGAGCUGUUACGACACCUUUGCGAGACUCAGCCCGAUUCCAUCAACCAUAAAUCUGCCACCGGCCUUACGCCUCUACAGCUGGCCUUCUCGCUGCACCGUGUCGAGAUGGCAAAGAUUCUUAUUAAUGCCGGCGCAGACCAGACCAGCCGCAACCACAACAACGACAACUUGAUCCACUCUGCGCUUAACCACGCCAUGAUCAAUGCCGAUGAUGGCCGAAAGAAGCUCCGCGAAUUACUCGAGCUCAUCGACGCCCGGCUCAUCACAGGCAUGUUCACCGAACGAGCCAAUUCCGCUCCCGGCGCAUCCACGCCCCUCGCCCAAUGGAUUUACACUGACAUCCGACGCGACAGCAGCGACUACGGUUACAACUGCGACUACAAAGAUCAACCUCACGCCACUAUCACCAAGCAACAAGAGACGCUGCGUCUGCUGCUCGAAUUCAGCAAGGGCGAGGAUCUCGAUCUUGUCAAUAGCGAAGGGGACACGCCACUCCAUGCGGUUGUGCGCUACGGCGCCGACCACAUCCUCCGCAUCAUGCUAUCUUGCAGAAACGACUUGCUGUUCCGCGAGAACGCGUCGGGUAGGACGCCAUUUGAAAUGGCAGAGGACACGCAUCUGGCGCAGAAUGUGUUCAAUGACCCGCCGAAUAUUAGCGUACAGCAGCGGAACAGGUACUAUAGCAACGCACCCACAUACAGUAUCCUGCAGCGUAGUUCGGAGAGUUUUGUCAAGGGAAGAGAGGAUAAGAGGAACGAGAAGGAGACAGUGUUGGACGUGUGUAGGGAAUUUAGGGGCGUGAGAGGGAAGAAGAGGAAGUUGGUCAGUUUGUUGGAGGCGAAUGAGGUUGCCAAGAGGUUGGCAGGGAAGAGGCAGAAGUUUGAGGUCGAGGUUAAGAGCGGCGAUGGUGAAGAGCAGACUGAGAAGGGGGAUGAGGUGGAUAUUUGGUACUACAUGGGUUUGAGCGCUGAUAGGCAGUAAAACGCCAGAGAUGAAGCGGAUGAAGUUCCGCGAUACGCUUCCAACAUCAAGAUUAUUUGACUACCACUACGUUGUUCAAGCACUGCUGUGGGGAGAG